AAAUGAUAUAAAACUAUCCAACAAAACAGUCCUUCCAACAGCUUUGGUGAAGAUAUAUUCUUAGUUUGUUGGCUAACGAUUCCUUCACUUGGUUAAAGAGUGAAGCUUCGGUACGAUCGAUUUCGAAAGCAAAUCAAGCACAUCCCAAUUAUUGUUGAACAAGGACUAACUACAAGCCAGGUAGGUCAAACUUGAAUGUAGUUGGCGUAAGAGCGUCGAACCGUUGACGGUCCCGAACCCCUAUCGCUUGGGGUGUUUUGAUUUCGAGGUAGCAUACGGUGUAAAUGGAAACGUGACGAUUAACAUUUUUGCGAUCGGCUUGGCCGUAGGGCUCGAAACUCUUAGAUAAUCGAAACCGACUUCGGCUUUUGAAGUGGACUGUUGAACAGACAAUCGGAUUUUCCCUUAGAAUUUAAUACUUAACAUAAAGCUCAGAUAGAAUUAGAAUCUCGCGACUACAUUAGCUUUACAUUGUCAUAAUCUGUCAUUAAUCAUAAUCUCUUCAAAUCGGUUCAAGUAAAUGAGCAAUAUCUUUAAGAUUUUUCUUUGCACUUUAAAUUAGUACUGCGCUUUCUAGCGGCAAAUAAUUGCGUACCCCGUUUACUUACGCGAGAACGAGAGCCACUUGAAAGGGAUGGGCAUGGGUAAGCGUUGAAGUGCGCUCUGAAGUGCGUGGGAAAGGCUGAAGCAGAAGAACAAGAGGAAUUCCCGCCGCAUUGAUGACGGUUGCUUAUCAGCUGGCAGUGCUUGCCGGCCGAAGAGAUAUAAAAAAGGUCUAGCGGCGAGGCAAAAUCUCAUUCUCUUACCGCAAAGUACAUCCAUCAAGAUGGUUCGCCGUAGUUCGGUCGUGGUUGGUCUGGUUUUGGUUGCGUUCCUGGGCACGGUACUGUCCGUACCAAUCUGGAACCGCAUCGUCGGCGGGCAAUUGGCUGAAGACACCCAAAUGCCGUACCAGAUUGCGCUCUUCUACCAAGGCAGCUUCCGGUGCGGUGGCUCGAUCAUUGGAGAUCGCCACGUCCUGACGGCGGCCCAUUGCGUAAUGGAUGACGAUGUGCUCCUCCCGGCGUUCAAGUUUGGUGUUCAUGCCGGGUCCGCACACUUGAACGCCGGUGGUAAGCUGUUCAAGGUUCGGGCAGUGUACCCGCACGAGGGCUACGGCAACUUCCAGCACGAUAUCGCCGUGAUGGAGAUGAAAGAACCGUUUGCCUUUGACAAGUACAUCCAGCCCAUCGAGCUGAUGGAUCAGGAGGUUCCCCUCGGCGGUGAAGUGGUGAUUUCUGGUUACGGACGCGUCGGUAGCAACGGACCCGUCUCGCCCGCGCUGCUCUACACGUCGAUGUUUGUGGUGGAGGACGAAAACUGCAACUCGAUCAGCGAAGGUUUGAUGUGCAUCGACAAGGAGGGUAGCUACGGUGCGUGCAAUGGCGAUUCAGGCGGCCCGGCCGUAUACAAUGGCAAGCUGGCCGGUGUGGCCAACUUCAUCAUUGACCAAUGUGGUGGAAACUUUGCCGAUGGUUAUGCCAAGGUGUCCUUCUAUCUAGACUGGAUUCGUCAAUUCCUGGAGUAAGCUGCCAUUUGCAAGUGUUUCCCUCAAGGGGACAACGGCGAGUGAGUUUGGUUAAGCAGGCAAGGGAAUAAAGUGUGGCGAAGUGAUGCAUAUA